UGGGGCGGAGGCGGCCUUUCUCUCUGCGUCCACAGGCGGUCGGGAAAUCUUCAAGUAAAUAACGUUAACGGGGGGAGGAGCAGUCCGAGGGCAGCCUGCGAAAAACCCAACACAUCUAAACUGUGUUGCGCUGAGCUUAAAUUAUUAAAAAUCGUAAUAUUAGAGAAAUAUGGGGCAGGAGGAUCUCAUGAACACAGCCGAAGACGUGGCGGACCAGUUCCUGCGGGUAACCAAACAGUACCUGCCCCACCUGGCACGUCUGUGUCUCAUCAGCACCUUCCUGGAAGACGGCAUCCGCAUGUGGUUCCAGUGGAACGAACAGAGAGACUACAUCGAGGCUACGUGGAGCUGUGGCUACUUCCUGGCGACAUGCUUUGUGCUGCUUAACCUCAUAGGACAGCUGGGUGGUUGUGUCCUCAUCCUCAGUAGAAAUUUUGUACAGUAUGCCUGCUUUGGACUAUUUGGCAUCAUAGCGCUACAGACUGUUGCAUACAGCAUUUUAUGGGACCUCAAAUUUUUGAUGAGAAACCUUGCCCUCGGAGGUGGUCUGCUCCUGCUGUUGGCCGAGUCUCGUUCGGAAGGAAAAAGCAUGUUUGCCGGAGUCCCCUCCAUGGGAGAGAGCUCGCCAAAGCAGUACAUGCAGCUGGGUGGUCGAGUACUGCUAGUGCUCAUGUUCAUGACUCUGCUGCACUUUGACUCCAACUUCUUCUCUAUCCUGCAGAACAUGGUUGGAACUGCGCUCAUCAUACUGGUGGCCAUCGGCUUCAAAACCAAGCUAGCGGCACUGACCCUCGUCGUGUGGCUUCUGGCCAUCAACGUCUACUUCAACGCUUUCUGGACCGUCCCUGCCUACAAACCCAUGCAUGACUUCCUGAAGUACGACUUCUUCCAGACCACCUCCGUCAUCGGUGGUCUGCUGUUGGUGGUGGCACUCGGACCCGGCGGAGUGUCCAUGGAUGAGAAAAAGAAGGAGUGGUAGGCAAACGGGGUAAAGAUAGAGGAUUGCACAGCACCACUAACUCCCCCCACCAACUGGGACACAUGACCCUCCCUCUCUUCCCGUCCCCCCCCCCCCCCCCCCCAUAAC